CAUGGAUGAAAAUGUUACCGGGUUGACCCGUUUGGUUAUAUAAUAAAUGAAUCAUAAACCAUUUACAUAAAUGGGUCAAAAACAGAAAGAAUGAUUUUUUUUUGGAUAUUUUUCUAACUAAAAAAUAAUACUUUUUUUAUUGUGACCAAAAAAAAAAACACUCACUUUACACUCCCUUCCUGGUUCGCAAAUCUACAAAAAUUAGGGUUUAGGGUUUUUAUCCAGUGCACUGCAAAUCCACUCACUGCAAUUCUUAACCGCUCCACGGUUUAGGCCUUUGCUCUGGGAUUUUCACAAUGAUGUACGGUGAUCCACAGCAGCAGCAGAACGCGCCGCAGUCGCAAGGUGGGGAGUUCCAGAGAGGUCCUCCGCUAAUAAUGCGGCAGCCGUCAGCUUCUUCGACUACUCUUAACUCAGAUUAUCACUACCCUGCUCCUCAUCAGGUUCCGCCUUAUGACGCUCACGGUGAUAAUUUUGCUGCCAAAAGAAUGAGAAAGCUGACCCAAAGGAGGGCUGUUGAUUAUACGAGCACUGUUGUGCGAUAUAUGCAGAUUCGUAUGUGGCAGCGGGAUUCACGGGACAGGACAAUAUUGCAGCCUACUCCAGCAGCAGCAAUUGAUGUGUUGCCUACAGCUGCCUAUUUAGAUAAUCCAUCCACAAGCUUUGCUGCCAAAUUUGUUCAUACAUCUCUAAACAAAAACCGGUGUUCAAUAAAUCGCGUAUUGUGGACUCCCACUGGUAGACGUCUCAUCACAGGUUCUCAGAGUGGGGAAUUUACUUUAUGGAAUGGACAAUCAUUUAAUUUUGAAAUGAUUCUUCAGGCCCAUGAUCAAGCCAUCAGGUCUAUGGUUUGGAGUCACAAUGACAACUGGAUGGUUUCUGGUGAUGAUGGGGGUGCAAUAAAGUACUGGCAGAAUAACAUGAAUAAUGUUAAGGCCAAUAAAUCUGCUCACAAAGAAUCAGUUCGUGACUUAAGUUUUUGUAGGACAGAUUUAAAGUUUUGUUCCUGUUCUGAUGAUACUACUGUAAAAGUGUGGGACUUUGCCCGCUGCCAGGAGGAGCGUUCGUUAACUGGCCAUGGUUGGGAUGUUAAAAGUGUUGAUUGGCACCCUACAAAAUCCUUACUGGUUUCAGGUGGCAAAGACAACCUUGUGAAACUUUGGGAUGCUAAGACAGGGAGAGAGCUUUGCUCAUUUCAUGGCCAUAAAAACACAGUACUUUGUGUCAAAUGGAACCAAAAUGGUAAUUGGGUGAUGACUGCUGGAAAGGAUCAAAUCAUCAAGCUAUAUGACAUCAGGGCUAUGAAGGAACUUGAAUCCUUCCGAGGCCACAGGAAGGAUGUGACUGCAUUGGCUUGGCAUCCAUUCCAUGAAGAAUACUUUGUCAGUGGGAGUUUUGAUGGAUCCAUUUUCCAUUGGGUUGUUGGGCAUGAAACUCCCCAGGUUGAAAUUCCCAAUGCACAUGAUAAUAGCGUGUGGGAUAUUGCCUGGCAUCCUAUUGGAUAUCUCCUAUGCAGUGGUAGCAAUGAUCAUACGACAAAGUUUUGGUGCAGAAAUAGACCUGGAGAUACUGCUCGUGAUAAAUUUAACAUGGGUCAGAACCAAGGCUAUGGUGAACAAAACCCUGCAUUAGCUGGUCGCAUGCCUGGUAAUUUUGCAGCACCUGAAGGCCCAACAACUCCAGGACCAUUUGCUGCUGGUUUGACUCGAAAUGAGGGAACGAUUCCCGGUGUUGGAGUUCCGAUGCCAUUAUUAGUUCCAUCUCUUGAUGCAUCUUCUCAGGGGGACCAAAAGCAGCCUCUUCCAGGUUCCAUGCCUUUUGGAGCUCCUCCUCUUCCUCCGGGACCACAUCCAUCUCUUCUUGUAGCCAAUCAGCAGCACGGAUAUCAACAAAACCCUCAACAGAUUCAACAACAGCAACAACAGGCAAUGCAACAGCAAAUACCUCCUAUGCAAAUGGCGCCUCCAAAUAUGCCACAGUUAAUGCCCCUGCUUCCACAUCCUCAUUUACCACGCCCUCCACCCCAAAUGCCUCCCCUUGGUAUGCCUUCAUCUGUCCCAUCCUCAAUGACAGGAUCUUUACCUCCACCUUCAUCAAUGCCAACAUCACAUCAAAUGCCAAUGCCUGGUCCGAUGGGUAUUCAAGGUACAAUGAAUCAGAUGCCUCCUCCGUUGCCACAAGGCCAUUUUAUGGGAAUGAAUCCACCAUUGCAUUCAGGAUCCUUGCCAACCAGUGGUACCCCCUCAGUUGGAGGUUUUCCAAAUAGUAUGCAAAAUAUGCAGGGCCCAGCAAAUGUGGGUGGAGGCCAAAUGUAUCCACAGGGUGGUGCAUUCAAUCGUGCACAGGGUGGGCAGAUGCCAAUGAUGCCAGCGUUCAAUCCUUACCAGGUAAAUUGGGGAAGGUUCUUUGCUGUUGUAAUGUCAUUUGCUCUCCUUGAUCUGUUCUGUGUUUGCCCCAUAUUUUAUGUCAAAGGCUGGAUUUGCAGCCAGAACCAGUGGUAGAACAACAAUCAGAGCACUUAAAUGGAACCAACUGGUAGCUAAUUGAAUAGCUCCCUCAUUCCCUCUCUCUUUCUCAAAGCUUUCUUUUUUGCUAUGGUAAUAGGGGAUAACUCCCCAAGUUUAAGCAGGAGCGAGGUUUGGACCCUGUCCCUGGUCAACCUCCUAAAGUGGGGGCCAUGAGCCACAGGGCCAAAGCCUGCGGUUCCACUCAAUGCUCUCAUUGGUUAUGGCGAAAUGAAAAGCUUGAUGAAAACUACUACAUUCCUUCCAAAUGCUUGCACUUUUGUUAAAACCAAUUUGAUUGAGUGUUUUUUACUCCAUUUUGUCACUGAGAAUAAUCUAGGUAUACUAUUUCCUAAAGUAUAUGCAGCAACUCUUACGUUCGAAAUUCCACCAAUUUAAGCACUAGAUUUUUUGUGUUUUACAAUGUUGUGCAUAUUUGAUUCUACAACCUGGGUUAUAUACACUAGAAUUCUCCUGCAUUUCAUGCAGCCUUAUUUGAGGCUUGUAUUUAGGUA